ACGUAAGCCACCGCCCGGAAGGCCCUCGCCCAGUUCCUUAUCUGAACGCCGACCGACCGACGGAUGUCUCUCGGAGAGCGAGAGACCACACCAAGAGGGGCGCCUAGCAAUUCUUCGCAAGUUCUUCCCUUCCCCAUCAGUUGCCUCCGAUGAAAGGGCCCCUUUCCAGGAUGGCCGAUUUUCACCAACCUUUGGGGGCUCCUCCUGACAUGGAGCCCCCGCCGGAACAGCACCGGGUGAGGAAGCGUCGCAGACGGACCAUGGCGUGUAUGCAGUGUCGCAGCAGAAAGCUCCGCUGCGACCGCGAAUAUCCUGUAUGCGGUCGCUGCCAGAAGAGCAAGACACCAUCCAAAUGUACUUAUGAGGACGGCUUUCUCUGGCAACAGCCUAAUACAGUUGCCUCGCCCGUUUUCUCCGACCGAGGUCCCACAACCACGGUGCAAAUGCCCCAGGCUGAUCGGGCGACUGCCCACCCUACCCCGGACUCGGGGAUAAGCAGUUUACCGUCUCGGUAUCAUCCCUCGCUCCCCGUCGAGGAAAAACGGGAUAAAUUUCUGGAAACCGUCCUGGGAGCUCCCAAGGCUGCCGUUAACCAAGAGCCUUAUGUCACCACAGAGUUGUUGCAGCGUCAUCAUCCCCCGGACACCCAUCCGGAGACACACCCUUACCCGGACGAAGACGAUGAUAGUCCCCCUUCGCCUUCACAACAAUUGGACGUCUCCCCUCGAAUCAUGAUGCGUGGGAAAGAAACAAAGACCCGCUUCAAUGGCUCGGGCAUUUUUGCCAACCUUAUUGCACAGUUUCCGGACCUCAGGGCUUUUGCGGAGGAGAUCCGCCAGGCCAGCCCACAUCUUUCUGCAUUACGACCCGAUCUAAUGAGAGUGAGGAAGGGGAUCUGGAAGAAGAAACCUUUGAAUACACCGUUCCCCACACCCACCACAAGUACGAUGAUUCCAAUGCUACCGACACGUGCAGUGGUGGAUGAGCUCGUCCUUCUUUAUUGCACAUACAUCGAAUCAGCCCAUCGGAUCCUUCAUGUCCCGUCGUUCCUCAGAGAACUGGAGCAAUUCUGGGCCCAGAGAGACUCCCCGGAUAUGGUCUCGCCGAUCUUUGUCGUGCAGCUCCUAUUAGUUUUGGCAUGUGCAUGGAACUUUGCCGAUUUCAAUACCCUGCAGGUAAAGAAUGAGGGGAAUCUGCAAUGUUAUACGGCCGUGGAGUGGGUCCUGCAUGCAGAGAAGUGGAUGGAAAAUGCACACAUCAAGCGACCGGAGCUGACCAGUCUCCGCCUCAACACCCUUCUGAUCAUCGCCCUCAACAUCCAUGGCAUGAAACGUAGCCAGGCUUGGCUCGCUACGGGUACGCUAGUCAAGCAAGCCAUGAUGGCCGGCUACCAUCGGGAUCCCACCCGAUAUGCCCGGAUCUCCGUCUUCAACAUGGAGAUGCGCAGGCGCAUAUGGACCACGAUCGUUGAGCUCGAUCUGCAGGUUUCUCUCGAAAGAGGCAUGCCGCCCUCGAUCCAGGAGGCUGAUUAUGAUACGGCCCCGGCGCUAAACAUCAAUGACAGCGAGAUCCAAGAGGACAGCACCGAGCUUCCCACGGCCCAGCCAUUGGAUGUCGUGACUGAUUGUUCCUUCCAAGCGGUUCUCGUACAGUCCCUUCCUCUGCGACUGAAAGCCUGCGCAUUGAUGCACUCCCCACGGAUCAGCUGCCGGUAUGACGACAUCUUACAUCUAGACUUUGAGCUCAACCGACAUCUCUCGAAAAUUCCCGUGUGGCCGACUCCAGGCAUGGACGACUUUCAAACCGCACACCGCGUGAUUCUCAUCCGAGCUCUUUUGGAGAACAAAGUCGGACAUACUCUCUUAUCUAUCCACACUCCGUUCGCCAUCGAAUCCCCGAAGGAUUCCCUCUUUGCACCGUCCGCUCGGGCUCGCCUAGAAGUGGCGUCGAUGAUUUUAUCGACGCAGAGACGCUUACGCGAAAUGUCGCCGCAGCUGUCUCUCUGUAACAUAGGCGACUGGACCAUGCAGGCUUACUGCACGAUCUGCCAACUCCUACACCAAGGACAGAGUGACAACGGCUCUUCCACUUCUCUGACCCGAACCCUCCCGGGGCUCCCCGAGUCCCUGAUCUCUUUGGUUGAGGUGGCCUUGUCAUGCCUCGAAUCCCGCCUCCUCGUGGUGGUCAAGGGAGCCAAGGAAUAUUUCUUCAUGUCGACCAUUGUAGCUCUGGUCAAGGUGGGCCUCUGGCCAAGCCAAGCGCAGCUCUACAAGCAGGAGGUAGUUGAGCGAGUGAUUCUCUUCUCCCAGACCCUAUUCACACGACACGCCAAUUGCACCCAUCUAGGCGACUGGGGGAUGGGCAACUUCAAAACCAAUCAGGUCCCCAGCUUGAAUGCGGGUCCUGGGAUGCCCCCGCCGUUCGUCCCCGACGUCAACAUGGCGCCAACCCCGAAUUAUGGCAUGAUGCCCCCGGGCGACCUAGACCCCUUCCUCGAUGCGUUCGACUGGGGUGACCUCACAGGGAUCACCUUUCAGUAAUGAUGUAAAAAUAUCUCAUGCGCC